AUGGAGCUCCUGCAGCAGCGCAUGAAAGAGCGGACCAUGAGCACCGGAGGCGGCAGCUCUCCGGGAAGUCCCACCUUCGCCCGCAAACAGAACCGCAGCUCACGACAGCUCUCGCCCGGGGUGCCGCGCGUGGGCAGCGUCAUCGUGCAGAACGGCGAGCUCCCGACCGACCGCAGGGCUCUGGUGGUGGAAGAGAUAUUGAUGACCGAGGAGAACUACAUCGACGACCUCCGCCUAUGCAUCGACUACUACUUGUUCCCGCUCCGCAACUCGGCCCACCUGAUGAAGCCCGCCGACGUUACCCACGUCUUCUCCAACAUGGAAUUCCUGUACUUUAUUCACUGCGAGAUUUACCACAAGAUCAGCGAGAGUGUGAAUAAGGAGGACAAGGUGGCGACGCUCGAAGAGAUGGUGACCUCCAUUAGCAAGGUCUUCAUCCAAUACGCGGACAGGCUGGUUGCUGUGUACGGCCAGUACUGCGUGGACCACAUGCAAGCACUGGACCUCCUCCAGAAGUGCAUCACCACGACGCCCGCCCUAAAGACCUGGCUCGACACACAAGUGGAGAAGAUGACCCAGGGGCUCUAUCUGCGCGAUUUCCUCGUCAAGCCCAUCCAGCGCAUCUGCAAGUACCCGCUCCUGUUCCGGGAACUUACCAAGUUGACCGCCGAGGGAUCGCAGGACUUGGAGGACCUUCAGCAGACACAGUCCACCUUCGAAGAGAUUGCCGGGCGGGUCAACACCAACAAGGCCGCACAGGAGAACAAGAAGAAGAUCGAAGAAAUUGAAGGGGCCAUGGACGACUACAACAAACCGGUGACGUCGUUCGGCCGAGUGUUCCACAAGGAGGGAGACUUGAUGAAGUACAACAAGAAGCUCAAGGGCCAAGUGCGCUACUGCUUCCUGUUCAACGACAUGCUGAUCUACACGCAGAAGAAGGGAGCGCGCUAUCAGUUCAAGGGCGAAAUUCCCCUCAACGGCUCGCUUGUCAGCGACAUCAAUGCCAAGGGCGAAGCCGGCACCAAGCUUGCCAGCAUGGGCAAGGACGUCAACGUCGGAUUCCAGAUCACUCACCUCGAAGCCAAGCGUAUCUACUAUUUCUUCCCCGGUUCGGAGGCGGAGAAGAAGGAUUGGGUGCAGCGCGUGGAGGUCCUCACCCAGCAGGCCUUCGAGGCCGAGAAGAAGAGACGAGAGACAUCGCCCGACUCUGGCAGUGGCGGGAUCAGUCCGAUAGGCCGCUUUUGGAAGGGCCGGCGGGAGACGAACGUCACCCUCAACUCGAUCACAGCCAAGUACGGCGCCAUGUCGCCGGCCAGCGCCGAGAGGAACGCCGUCCCCAUCAAGCCCGUCUCUCCCUCCUCCAGAUCAAAUGGAGCCGAUGAAAAUGGCAGCGGCGAGGAGAGGCCCGCGACUGGCCUCGCCAGCCGGACGAGCGGGCUCAAGCAGCGGCCGUACAGCAUGCAGGUGUCCGAAGUCAGCUCCAGCGGCAGCGAGGUUCAGCAGAUGAUGAAAGCGAUCGACACGAUGGUCGGACUGGAAAAGCUCGAGCGUGCCAAGCUGGGUGAGCGCAUCCGGGACCUGGAGAGGAAGUGGAGCGAGUCGCAGCAGGCACACGACGAGAAGGUCGAGCAGAUGACCAAGGUGAUCAGCGAGCAGGAGGAGCGAUACAAGCGACUCGAAGAGACCCUGCUGAAGAUCGUGGCCGACAACGAGCAGCAGCGGGCGGAGGCCAAGCGGGCCGAGGAAUUCGAGGCACUCAAGCAGCAGCUCGAGGAGGUUCAGGCCAAGGUGGGCACCCUCGCCGAUGAGGUCACCGCGGCGAAGACGACCGAAGAACAAACGCCAGCGCCGACCACCACCACCACCACUACCCCCACCAGCCAGCCGGUCGACAACAACUCAGAGACGAACGAGAAAGAAGAGAAGGAGGUGAAGGAGAAAGACACCACCACGGUCGCGGAAAAGAACGAAGACAAAAAGAAGAAGAUGGCGGAGGAAAAAGAGGAAGAGAAGGAGCCGAUCAAGCCCAAGGAUGUUACCGAUGACGCAUCGUCGCCCGCGAAGAAGGAGAAGCAGCCAGCGACGGCGGCCACCGCUUCGCCCUCGACGCCCAAGAAGAAGACUGCAAAGGCCAAGACCUCGACUGCCGCCACGCCACCGACGAGCGGUGGCGACGGCGACGAGCCCGAUCUGGGCGUCUUCUCGCCGCGCAAGGGGCUCAGCAAGGGCAAGGACAGCUCCGGGUCGCGAUUCGGCGGACUCUUCGGCGGCAAGAAGGCGAGCGCCAGCACCGACUCUGCCGAGAAGGAGAAGGAGAAGAAGAAGGAGAAGGAGAAGGCGCCCAAGAAGAAGACAACACCCGCCCAAAGCAAGCCCUAG